AUGUCGUUAUUAUGGUAUCGUAAGGUUCUCGAUAGAGGAGUGUCACAUNNNNUUGGCGGAUUAGGCUAUCAUUUCAGCUGA